UGACGACCACCAUGGCCAUCUUCACUUGGGCAGUCGUUUACAGGGAUUACUUUACGAAUAUUUACAACUACUUGGCUCGUCUUGAAGAUGUCGACACACAACAAAAACUCGGUACCAUCGUUGAGAAGGUGUUCGCUGACCGAAAUCUCAGGUACACGAGUCUCUUAGCGCGCCAUGGUGACGACGAGUUUGUCACUCGGUUCUACCAGCUACCCGACUGGCCUUGCCCGCGCAACUCUCCGAGUGGCCCAGCCAAAAGGGCGAAUUGCGAGCGCCGUUACCGACGAGUAAGGUGGACCCAGAACACAUACGGUUACAUCACGUGACUGGCGUCUGUCACGCUCGCAUCAGUUUGGCCGGGGGAAAACCCUUCAAAAUGU